CUGUGUGUUAAAAAUGCUCUCCCUCUCUCUCAGGUGGAUGGAGUGAGUGCUAUCCCCCCUGCCCGUCCUCACGAGGGAAUCCAGAUAUUCCAGAGAGCAACAAGAAUUUAUAUGCAGACAGAUUUUGGCUUAUCCAUUAGCUAUGAUGGCUCUGAAAACUUAGACAUCACCCUGGCCAACACCUACAAGAAAAAAGUCGAAGGCCUGUGCGGUAAUUUUGAUAACAAGUACAGGAACGACUUCACCAAGCCUGACGGUUCCCGCGUGAGGAACGUGAAUGUGUUUGGGGAGAGCUGGAAGGUCCCCGUCGAGAGAUCGGCCCAUCGGCUCAGGCGAGAUGCAGAUGACGAGUCUGACACUGACGAGCUGGAAACCGGGCUCCUCAGCGAGUGCUCGGAAAGCCAGCUGGUCCAUGUCAACAGCACUUCCAACUGCCGGGUCCUGGUGGAUCCAGACGGCCCCUUCCAAGAGUGUCACUCCAAUGUCUCAGCAGACUCCUUCCUGCAGAACUGCCUGUAUGACAUGUGCGUGGAGCCCGACAACAAUGAGUUGCUGUGUCGGGACGUGGAGCAGUACGUGCUGAUGUGUCAGGAGAGGGGCAUCACUGUGCAGAACUGGAGGGAGCGGACGUCCUGUGCUCCACAGUGUCCCCCCAACAGCAAGUACAGCAUAUGCACGUCUGCCUGCCCCAUUUCCUGCGGCAACCUGGAAGCUGCCUCGGAGUGCGACCUGCCCUGCGUCGAAGGCUGCGAGUGCCUGCCUGGAUACAUCCUCAGUGGCUUUGACUGUGUGCCCUACAAAGAGUGUGGCUGCACCUUCCUCAACCAGUACUACAAGGUUGGCGAGACGUUCAGGACUGAGGACUGCUCUCAGACCUGUGUGUGCACAGAAAGCUCCAGCAUCUUCUGCAUCCCAGAACCAUGUGGCUCCGAGCUGGUCUGCAGCAUUGCCAACUUGACCCGUGGAUGCUACCGGAGUUCUCCGUGUCUACACAACCCCUGCCAGAACGACGGGGUAUGCAUUCCUGGCAGCGGCAAUUCAAGCUUCAGCUGCAUCUGUCCUGACCCGUACAUGGGGCCCCUCUGUGAGAAAGACCGGGCAGGUAAACAGGCUGUUGUGAGCUUCAUUAGACACGCGACCUGCUUGGUCAGCAAAAGCAGAAUACACUGA